UGAGAGGGGGCGGGGCGCGCGUAUCGGCGCCGCGGCCGCGUGACGCGUUUUCAAAUCUUCAACCGCCGUAGCCCACUCGUUUGUGCUUUCCUUCUUCCUCCCCUGCGACUUGAACCCGGCCCCGGCCCCGGAAACCCGGCGAGCAGAGGCGGUGUCUGUACUGCGCGGGUGUGGUAGUCUGCGGAAGGGGAAAGGCGACUGGCGGGUCAACUGGCCUCAGGGAGCCGUGUUUUCUCGGCCACCCGACACGACACCCUUCCAGAGCCGGCAUGUAGGUGUCCGGCGGCUGCCAUGAGCUCCGGAGCCAUGAGGAUCCACAGCAAAGGACACUUCCAGGGUGGAAUCCAACUCAAAAAUGAAAAAAGCAGACCAUCUUUGAAAUCUCUGAAAACCGAUAAUAAACCAGAAAAGGCCAAAUAUAAGCCACUUUGGGGAAAGGUAUUUUACAUUGACUUACCUUCUGUCACCAUAUCUGAAAAACUGCAAAAGGACAUUAAGGAUCUGGGAGGGCGAGUUGAAGAAUUUCUCAGCAAAGAUAUCAGUUAUCUUAUUUCAAAUAAAAAAGAAGCUAAAUUUGCACAAACUUUUGGACGAAUUUCUCCUGUACCAAGUCCAGAAUCUGCGUGUACUGCAGAAACCACUUCGCCUCAUCCCAGUCAUGAUGGAAGUUCGUUUAAGUCUCCAGAGUCAGUGUGUUUGAGCAGAGGAAAAUUAUUAGUUGAAAAAGCUAUCAAGGACCAUGAUUUUAUUCCUUCAAAUAGUAUAUUGUCAAAUGCUUUAUCAUGGGGAGUAAAGAUUCUUCAUAUUGAUGACAUUAGAUACUACAUUGAACAAAAGAAAAAAGAAUUGUAUUUACUCAAGAAAUCAAGCACUUCUGUAAGAGAUGUGGGGAAAAGAGUAGGUAUUGGCACACAGAAAACAAGAACAGGUAGACUCAAAAAGCCUUUUGUAAAGGUGGAAGAUAGGAGUCAACUUUAUAGACCAUUUUAUCUUCAGCAGACCAGUAUGCCUUUAAUAAAUUACUCAGUUCAGAAGCCUUCCAGUCCAUUUGAUAUAGAUAAGCCACCUAACAUCCAAAAGCAAACUCAGGUUAAACUAAGAAUGCAAACAGAUGAUGAUAAAUGUGGUGGAAUCCCAAUUCAACUCCAACUGAAAGAGAAGAAAAAAAAAGGAUAUUGUGAAUGUUGCUUGCAAAAAUAUGAAGAUCUCGAAACUCAUCUCCUAACUGAGGAACACAGAAACUUUGCACAGAGUAAUCACUAUCAGGUUGUUGAUAAUAUCAUAUCUAAGUUAGUUUUUGACUUUGUGGAAUGUGAAAGGGGCAUGCCUAAAAAGAAAAGGUUAAAAUGCAGUCUUGGAUCUUUUUCUCCUGUUACUGCAAAUAUACUGAAAAAGUCUCAACCAAAAGAAAGACUAGAAUUGCAACCUACUUCUCAGAAGGACUUCAGGGAAAACAAUGUACAGGUGAUCGAGCAGAAUUUUCAAUAUAAAGAACCCCAGCAACCUGAAGAAAAGCUUGUGUUUACUUCAGAGCACAUCACUUACCCUUCAAAUGAAUUGAGAGAACUUGAUAAGGAAACAGCUAACAAAUGUUCUAUGUUAAAUCCAGCUGAAAAUGACAUAAAACACAAUUUUACACAUCUACCUCCAGAUAAAAAUGAACAAGGAUGCAUUCUUGAUGUUUCUAAACAUAAAUUAAUUAUAAGUGAAAAUAACUUGGAAGAAGUAAGAACAGAUCACAGUCCAUGUAGGCUACAGACAUCUAUACAAGUUUCUGAUUUCAUUAUGGAUAAUAGUACAUCUCAACCAAAACAAAAGUCAGAUACUGUGCUGCUGCCAGCAAAGGAUCUGAAGGAAAAGGACCUUCAUUCAAUAUUUGCUCAUGAUUCUGGUCUGUUAGCAAUAAGUAGUUCACGGGAGCACCUGCCUGUUCAGGCAAAUACUCCAUUCCAAAGUCGUCCUGAAGAAUCCAAUGAAUGUGACAUCAAGAGUAAGGAUAGCUUACCUUCUGGUAAAAUCUGUCGGAAGGUGAAAAUAUUAUUAGGAAGAAAUAAAAAGGAAAAUCUGGAACCAAAUGUGGAAUUAGAUAAGAAAAGAACUGAAUGUCUUACUACACAAGAGGAAAACAGAAUUUGUAGUUCACAGUCUCUACUGAACUUAUUUCAGACUAGUGAGGAAAAAUCAGAAUUUUUGGGUUUCACAAGCUAUACCGAAAAUAGUAGUAUAGGUGAUGUUUUUCAUAUUUGUGGGGAGGAAGAUUCAAAUAGUCUGUUGUCAGUGUUUUCCUCUUCCCUUUCAACUUCUACAUUUACUGGCUUUUAGACUUUAAAAAAAUAAACACUUUUCAAAUGUGAUCAAGAUCAUAUUCUUGAAACUUUUAUAAAUGUGUAUAAAAAUUCUUAUGUGUUUUUUUUGCCAACUUUGUUUAUAGAACCAAAUGUUAACAAUAAAGGUGAUGUUUGCAUUUUUCUACGGAAUUGAAUACCUAUUAAAGAACAAUUGUAGAAUAAACUUGCAGCUCAUCUUUACACACUGGGUUGAUGAUUGUUUUCUAAGAAUUAUGAGUAAGUAUGUUACUGAAAACUAAUUUCAAGUGAAAUUUGAGAAUAUUAAAAUUUACCAUUAUAAA